AUGGAGGCCGACGACGCUCAACUUUACGGAUUCAGCACUCCUCAGCAGAGCAACUCCUUCAAGCGACCGCGGCGCAGUCUGCAAAGCUCCACCCCCUUGAGCAGCGUGACCGAGAGCGUUACUUCCUCACCCCGUCAUUCUGGCCAGAACCAGUUUGCACCUCAACUCUUUGACCACGUCAAUGCGCUCAAGCACCUUGACGACCAGCAAAUCCUCCAGCUACUAUCCGUUGCGCGCAAUGGAGAUGGCAUGCGACGUUCGGCCGCCGACCGGUCGUCUAUGUCGACCGUCGGAAGCCGCGCGUCCUCAUACUUGAGUGUCCCCUCCAGCAGAGUACCCAGCAUGCUAUCCGACCCGCGCUCGUCCAUCGCAUCUACCGACUCAUCCUUCACACACUACAGCGCCGCAUCCUCGCGCCUGUCUACCGCAUCCUCAAAUCGACUUUCGACAAUAUCCACCGCAUCGACACCCGCGCCCAAGAACUUUGCCUGCACGUUUUGUGACAAGGCCCUCAAGUCGAAGCCAUAUUGGAAAUCGCACGAGGAGGAGUUCCACGAGCAGCGACUUACAUGGCGAUGUCCCGAUUGCGAACAGAUCUUCCAUGCUGGCAAGCGUUUCCGGGAGCAUCACACCAAGCUACAUGGCUGUGAGCAUUGCAAGCAACCCAGGGAGAGCGGACAACCCACAAGCAGGAAAGCAUCACCAUGCGUCAAAAAGUACGAGAUCGUUAUGCACGACAAGGACGCUUGGGGUUGUGGCUUCUGCGCUUGCCUCUUGACCACAUGGGAAGAAAGAUGCGAGCACAUCGCGCUUCACUUUGAAGAGAAGGGAGCUUCCAAGUGGAACUUCACCAAUGUCGUCCUUGGUCUGCUAAAGCAACCUGAAGUCUCCAACGCAUGGAACCAAAUGAUGCUGGAACGCCAUGGAGACGAACACAACUGGCCGUCGUUGGCGUGGGAGUCUAAGAAGUGCAACCGUUUACGGUACAAGCUCGAAACCAAGUGGGACACACGCGUCUUCGACAUCGAGAAGUUGGUGCAGGACACCUACGACUUGGCGGAAAUCGAAGUGAAGGACAUCGUUGAACCUACCACAGAAGUCACCCCCGAAGCCACGGAGUCUGUUGACAACAGUCAAGGCGAGAUGGUGGAGUUCAAGCUGGAACCAUCUGACUUCGGCACUGACAACAGGCUUCAUAGCUCUCACGGACUACCGUCCGAGCAUAUGAUGAUGGACAUUGAUACGGUGGAACCCCCGCAGCCGAUGCACCACCAGGAAAUGCAGCCAUCGCAAUGGCCCGUCAGUACUGAUAUGUCUCAUAACAGCAUGAGCGCAGCAACUUCGAUGGGCGGCUUCGGUGCUUUCGACACCACCAUGACGUCGAUGCCAACGGAUUUCUCGCAGCCCAUGGCGCAGAGCUUCCAGCCACAGCAACAAAACUGGUCAAAUGCCGGCUUCGCGUCGACCCCUGACCUCCUCAACUACCAGCAACCAGCGCAAUAUAUGAAUUACCAGCAGCCUAAAGAGAUCGUCUCCGUACCCACCUCGCAGUACGCCAACUUCGCGCACUACCCCCGCCAGAGCCUCCCGCCCAACUUCUUGCAGCAGCAACAACAGCAGCAACAGACGCCCAGUACCCCCACUUCGCGUCGAUACGUUCCCAAACUAAUUAACAUCUCGAACAACUCGAGCCACCGUGGUGUGCAAUUGGAACAAGCGCCACCCCCACCACCCAAAGACGAACACCAGAACCGCUUCUCUCGACUUAUUAUGAGGCGACGACCGAGCAACAUUUCCCAACACAGCAUGGUCUCGCACCGUGAUAUGGGCGGCACAUGGGGCGACGUCGACAAUUGGGGUUGA